CGACAAUCGAGACCAAUCCGCGAUCGGGAUAUACGGGCAGGUCAACCGAGCGACAGGCAGCUGUACUUAUCAACGUCGGUGCUCUACAGCAAUCAGUCGCUCAGGAGCUUCGGCCAAGUUAAGUCGCUCUAGUUAAGAACCAACCACCCAAGCACCAUGUCUGAGAAGCCAAAGAAGACCAAGAAGAAGGCCUCCUCCAAGGAAGAAACUCCCGCCGAUACCCCAGCGGCAGAAACUCCAGCGGCACCAACUCCCUCGGAUUCUGGCUCGCAGCGAGGAUCUACCCGCGGCUCUUCCUCCCGUAAGGCCAAGAAGGCCCCAUCCUCUGUCUUCGUCCUCUUCUCCCAGAAGCAGAUCGCCGAAUUCAAGGAGGCCUUCCAGCUGAUGGACAACGACAAGGAUGGUGUGAUCGGCAAGAACGAUCUCCGCUCGACCUUCGAUGCUCUGGGUAAACUGGUAUCCGAUAAGGAAUUGGACGAAAUGCUUGGCGAAGCACAGGGCCCACUCAACUUCACCCAGCUGCUGACGCUGUUCGCCAACCGCAUGUCCGGUGGUGGCCAGGAUGACGAUGAUGUCGUCAUCAACGCAUUCAAGGCCUUCGACAUGAACGGCAAGAUCGAUGGCGAGAAGUUCCGCUACGCACUGACCCACUGGGGCUCGGAUAAGUUCUCCGAGGACGAGGUUGACGAUGCCUUCGACCAGAUGAUCAUCGACGAUAAGGGCUUCAUCGACACUGCUGCCCUGAUCGGAAUGCUCACCGGCACCGAAGAGGGAGAGGAAGAAUAAACUCCUCGCCUCCCUCCUUCCACAACCCCCUCCAUCCCCCUUAAACCCAUUUAAAAUACAAUCCUUUUUCUAUUUAUUUUAACAACAACUUUAACUUGUAUAAAAAAAGAGAAAAACAACAUCUACAAAAAAGAACAAGCAGUGACAACAACAGCAACAACAACAAUACGGAGAACAUCUUCAUGUUAAUCACAAUUCCAUUUGCUUACAUCAUCUGAUUCUAAAUUAUUAAUUUUUAUUUUCUUAUGAUAAGACAUGAAUUUUUAAGCUAUAAGAAGAAUAAAGUUAUAUAGAAAAACAGAAAAAAAAACCUUAAAAAAUAAAGUGAAAAAAAGUGCAAAAGAACUCUCACAACGAGGAGAAAAAACUUACAAAAACUCGAUUGCGUCUUUCUUAACAGUGUCACAGCAGGGUAGCAAAACAGUAGCUUUUUGUCACAAAAAAGUGAGACAGGAGGAAUGCACGUAAAAGUAGCACUUUGGACUUCUUUUUUUCUGGAAAAUUAAAAUAAAUGUGUUUUCGAUAUUGUUUUCCCCAAUGCUACGAAUGUUUAAAGUAGUACCCGGCAUUCCUGGAGCAGGAGAAAGAGUAUUUUAGCAGUUCUUUUCCUCUCUCUUUAACCUGUGUGAAUGUCAGUCAGUUAGCCAAUGUUAGGAGCGUGGUGAUGAUGAUUCAUGUGAUUCGGUUUCGAAUAGUAGAAUCUCGUUGUAAUGAGAUACGAAACAAGA